AUGUCUAUGAACGAUAGCGAGGAGUGCGAGUUAACAGAAGCGCUAAAAACUGGAGAUGUACUUGUAGUUGAAGGACAUAGCGGUCAUAAGAUUCGUCAGUACUGUGAUUCUCUUCCUUUUUUAGCUGCUAGGGCAGGCAUUUACAAGGACUGUUUGCCAGUGUCAUUAUUGGUUUCCUCUUUGGAGCAUAUGUUGGCUUAUUUAAACCGUUGUGAUUUGUCUCAACGCCACGUUUUUUUCGUUAAUACAGAUCUAUGUCCCAUCAAUGCGGUGAUUUUGGCGUUGCAGAACUGUGGGAUUUCCAGUCGUGUGAGAAGGCUUAGAUUGAGGAAACUUCAUCAUAACUGCCCUGAGACACUACAACUGCUACAUACUAUGGAGAAGGGUAAUGUAGAAACUUCAAAAGUGUUUCUUUUAAAGCAUUGUUAUACUGGAAUGGUACAAUUUCCACUGAUAAUUCCUGAGGAAACUGACAUUUCUAAACGUGUAUCACGAGUAUUUAACUCACUUUAUUCAGUUUGUGAUGCUAUAAUGGGAGAUGUGCACUCUUUCUACGCAAAAUGGAUAUCGGUUGAUGAUGGGAAACAAUGGACAGAUACUUACAUAUUUGAGCGAAUAUUGCCUCCCAUCCCUUGCAAAGUUCAACUUAUAUCGCUUCGAAAUGUUGUGGAAUCAACUUUGCGAAGGGAUGUUGUGCUUUUUGAUGUUAGCAAUUACCGAGAAUGUAUUGAGCGUGUGGCUCUUUGUUUUCCUUUUUCCCCAUCAGAAAUGGGUGGUACCAGUGAGGUUUUUAGUAGACUUAUUGCAAUUGUUAGGAAUAUGGGUUGGAUUCUUGUGUCCCAAACUGCCACACCAUCAUCGUGUGAAAUGCCGAACAGAGUUAUUCAUCUUUGGCGUGGCGCACGUGUAGCUUUUAAGGAUGGAGGUAUGGGGAGCGUUGUGGGUUUUAAAAAGGAAACUUUCCCUAAAUGGGAAAGUAAUGUAGAGUGGCCUCUUGUGGUACGUGAUGAUGAAAAGAGUGCCAAAAUUGUACUACCCUCUCUUGUUCCCUUGCAUAAAUUCUCAACCUUUCAAGUCUUAGAACUACCUCUUCGAUAUGGAGACACAAUAACUGCAGAGCAGCUAUUCCGCACACCCUACUCCUCUCUUGUUGGUCGUUGCUGGUCUAUGCGUCCAAGUCUCUUCAUUGGUCAUCUUCCUCGCUUGCGUUGCGCCCUCACAUCAGUUCCAUCUUUGUCACAGAUAACAUUAACGAGUCCACUCCCUUUGGGGAUGAUAAUGGCGGUCGAGAAGCGAUGGUAA